UCUCUGUAUAAAAAGUACCCGGAAAAUGUUAUUUAAAUGAACCGCCAAAAAGGAAUCGGUAAUUUUUUUUUUCUUAAAGUUGGUAGGACCUUCCUUUAUUACCAAGCCAAAUUUGAGCGCGAUCUGUCAACUAGUGUGUUUACAACAGCUGUCAGUAUCAGUCGACCUCAAAAGUGCUCUGCGAAUUUUACAAUGGAAAAAAUAGUUGAUCAAAGAGUUUGCCUCAAAUUUUGUCUUGCAAACGAAUUUUCUUGUGCCGAUUCAUUGAAAAUGUUAAAAAAAGCCUUUGGUGAUAAUUGUAUGUCAAAAACACAAGCAUACGAUUGGUACAAAUCAUUCAAAGACGGUCGUGAGGUGGUCGAAGAUUUGCCCCGUUCUGGACGGCCUUCAACGUCAACAACCGACGAUAACAUCAUCCAAAUCAAGAAAUUAGUGCUCGAAAAUCGUCAUUCAAGUGUUAUAGAGUUGGCUCGAGAGUUGAGCAUUGAUAAAAUGACCGUUCAUAACAUUUUGACUAAUGUUUUGUGUAUGAAACGCGUCGCAGCAAAACUCGUUCCAAAAGAGCUGGUCUCUGAAGACAUGGUUUCUCGAGCUGCUAGUGAUCCAAAUUUCAUGAAACGAAUCAUAACUGGCGAUGAGACAUGGGUCUAUGAGUAUGACACGUUAACAGCUCAACAAUCAACCGAAUGGCGCCUACCAAACGAGCCGAAUCCGAAAAAUUCGCAAAUUCGCAACGAGAACUGAAGGCCAUACCUUUGGCGGAGUAUGAGCGGUGCAUGGAAAAGUGGUUUCGCCGAUAUCAUAGUUGUAUUGUAAGCAAUGGGGACUAUUUUGAAGGAGACAAAAUAAAUAUUGAUGAUUAAAUUUAAA